ACCAACUGACACUAUCCACGCCACUCAGCCCUUAGCUUCUCGUCAGAACUCCCUUGCAGUCAGCCUUUGGCCAUUAUCAGUGCUCAUCUCUAUACGCCUCCCACUCGACCAUACCUACGAGGCACAUCCCACUACUCCCCCACUGGUCUCUUAGCGGUGUGAACGGCUUCAUCGACAAUGACUACCAUGGUUGCCUCUCAUCCUGGUGACUUUUGGCAUCAGCGCAACCAGCACACUUAUCACAUGCCCAACAUGAGUCUUCCCGGCCUGAUGUCUCCUUUCGAACCACAACGCAGUGUGAACAAUCCACCGCCACCACCAAGGACGUAUCAUCAGACAUCGUCCACAGUUGAGAUGGGCCUGCCACUCUUCUCAACGAACGGUCUGACUUCGUCGAUGCCGUACCAGUCUGGCGCUUUCGCGUUCGACCCCAUUCCAGUAAACCCGUACAAUAUGCAGCAGGCAUAUCCUACGGGAUACAUAGCAGACGUGCCCCAGAACAUCUCAUAUGCUCGAUCGAGUCUUGUCCAGCAGAUGCCUGCUCGUCAAGAGGCACACCCAACGUUCUGCACAGACUCCAAAUCUGUCACUGCGUCACCUCUACAUUCGAGUCCAUCAUUCCACGAAUUUUCAUAUAGCGCAGACCUCGAACGCUCACGCUCCGAGCCAGCAGAUGGCACCGGCAUCAACUUUGCAACCGAUGUCGACACUCUGAUGAAAGCGAUUCAGGCCAAACAACCGGAGUCGGUGCCAGUACCACAGGUCAACAAGGACGAAGGCGAGAAGCCGAUUCAGAAGCCGAGAAAGAGAUACCAGUGCAAUAUGCCUGGGUGCGACAAGAGCUUCUACCAAAAGACACAUCUAGAAAUCCACGUUCGUGCACACACCGGUGCUAAACCAUUUGUUUGCAAGGCGCUGUCGUGCGGCCAACGCUUCUCACAACUUGGCAAUCUCAAGACGCAUGAGAGACGGCACACUGGCGAGCGGCCCUACAGCUGCGACAUAUGUGGCAAGACCUUUGCACAGCGAGGCAAUGUGCGCGCUCACAAGAUUGUCCACCAGCAAAUUAAGCCUUUCACCUGCAAGCUUGACGACUGUGGAAAACAGUUCACUCAACUGGGCAACCUGAAGUCGCACCAGAACAAGUUCCACGCCGCAGCUCUCAGAUAUCUCACACAGAAGUUCGCAAAUAUCAGCCCAGGCGACUGGGUGUCGCAAGAAGACAAAGAGCUAUGGGAGUACUUCGCAUCACUGUACAAGAACUCCAACAAGGGCAUCAAAGGCCGUGGCAAGGAUAGGAGGAUAUCUGCCGUGUCCGGCUCUAGUGCCAUGCACUCCACGUAUGCACCCCUUCAGAUGGGUUCCAUGAGCAGGAACUUCUCCGGCUAUCACCACCAUGGCAGUGAUCGGAGUAGCCGCGGCUCAUCGCUGUCGUCAGAUGCCACCUGCGGCACCCAUCCUCGGUCAGAUAGCAGCUACGACUACAGUGCACCCGCGCAGACUGGCUAUCCACCUCAAGGAAGCGGUUACGAUGACAUGGUCUUUCCGGAGCGGAAGAUGUACUGACAUCUCACGCAUAAAACUGGCGAGACCACACGACUACGGCAUAAAAACACUGUCUCACGGCUGUAGCAUUGAAGUGGGCAAGGUAUGGAGAGUUUGAGGUCACUGUUGAUGACAUCGGGCAGCCUGGAUGUUAAUGAUACCCACCUAGCGCAGCGAGGGUAUAUUUUUCUUGAUUUCAAUGUUUUCCUUGUAUAGGCGCACAAUUUCUCGACAACAUCAUCAACGUUGAUCAUGUGCGUCUGAUUCUGUAACUACGCUGCUCGACGAUACCCCAUGUAUGCUUACUCCCACUGUAAAGGGGAAGACACGAUACCAAAGAUAAUUGCAUUUGUCAAAGGACAACACAUUCA